AUGGCGCAGCCGUUCAUGACAAGCGAUGAGCCAGCCUCGUCCAUGCGGAUCGAGCUCGCCCAGAUGGAGCAAGGACGAAGCCAGCGCUUCUCCUCAUCGCUGCACUGCCUUGCCCCGAGCAGCUUCACGGGCGUCGCUUGUUCGGAGGACCAGACGCCGUCAGCGUUCGGCGAGGAGGGCCGCUGGCAGGAGGAUGACGAGCUGGAGCUGCAGUGGGCAGCGAUUGAGAGGCUGCCGACGUACCAGCGGCUGAGGGCGGCAGUGCUCGGCCGCAAGGUGGUGGACGUGGCGAAGCUCGGGGACUCGGAGAGGCGGGUGUUCGUGGACGGUCUGUUGAAGGCGGUCGAAGAAGACAAUCUCCGGCUCCUCCAGAAGCUCCGGGAGCGAGUGCAGAGGGUGGAUCUUGAAUUACCGACCGUGGAAGUGAGAUAUCGGGAUCUGUGCAUAGAAGCAGACAGCAAAGCCGUUCUUGGGGAAUCUGUCCCAACUCUUUGGAGCGCUCUCAAAGCCAUUUUCUACGCUCCAACAAAUAAGGUUGGCUGCAAGUAUCAGGGGAACAAGAUAAGAAUUCUCAAGAACGUUAGCGGCGUCCUUAAGCCUGCGAGGAUGACGCUCUUGUUAGGUCCACCAGAAUGCGGAAAGACCACCUUAUUACAGGCAUUAGCAGGCAAAUCAGAGAAAUCCCUCAAGGUCAAGGGCGAAAUUUCCUACAAUGGCUACAAGCUGAAUGAGUUUAUUCCUCAGAAGACUUCAGCUUAUAUAAGCCAAUAUGAUACACAUAUUUCUGAGAUGACCGUGAGGGAGACGCUUGACUUCUCUGCACGAUGUCAGGGCAUAGGAGGAAGGGCAGGUACCAGUUUGUUCUCCAACCUUGAACAAAGGGAGAAGCAAGCAGGAAUUAAUCCAGAGCCAAGCAUAGACACUUACAUGAAGGCAAUUUCUAUAGGAGGAAUGAAAAGAACACUUCAAACAGACUACAUUUUGAAGGUUCUUGGACUCGACAUCUGCGCAGAUACAAUUGUUGGGGAUGCGAUGAACAGAGGAAUUUCUGGUGGUCAAAAGAGAAGGCUGCGACCGGUUAGGGAAAUGAUAAUUGGUCCGGCGAGAGUUCUAUUUAUGGAUGAGAUAUCAACAGGCUUGGACAGCUCCACUACCUUUCAGAUCAUUACAUGCUUGCAACAAUUGGCGCACAUAACAGAGUCCACAAUUUUGGUUUCGCUUCUUCAGCCAGCACCUGAGACUUUUGAUCUCUUUGAUGACAUAAUUCUAAUGGCACAGGGACAUGUAGUGUAUCAUGGACCUCGGACGGAUGUUCUCAGCUUCUUUGAACAUUGUGGUUUCAAGUGCCCAUUGAGAAAAGGCAUUGCUGACUUUCUCCAAGAAGUGGUUUCCGAAAAGGACCAGGCACGAUACUGGCAUCACAAAGACCGGACCUAUAAUUUCAUAUCUCCUAGCAUGUUCGCACGAAUGUUUAAAGAGCAUCUAAUGGGAAAGACAGUGGACGAGGAACUUGCCAGGCCUUUCGAGAAAACUGAGCUACACAGAAAUGCUUUAUCUUUCGAAAUUUACUCGUUAAAAAAGUGGGAGUUGUUCAAAGCGUGCCUUUUGAGAGAAUGGCUCCUCAUGAAGCGCAACUGGUUUGUUCAUGUCUUCAAAUCAGCACAGCUCGUGGUCGUUGCAGUUAUUACAGUGACCGUCUUCUUGCGCACAAGGAUGAAAGUCGACUUGGUGCAUGCGGAUCUUUUCAUGGGUUCCCUAUUUUAUGCUCUCAUCCGGCUCAAGGUUAAUGGUCUUCCGGAACUGGCAAUGACUGUUUCUAGACUUGGUGUCUUUUACAAGCAACGAGAUAAUUUCUUCUACCCUGCAUGGGCUUAUACCAUUCCAGCGGCCAUACUGAAAAUCCCAUUUUCUUUACUUGAUGCGUUUCUUUGGACAGCUAUUACCUAUUAUGGAGUUAAUUAUAGUCCUGAACCUCAAAGGUUCUUUAAUCAAUUCUUCCUGCUCUUCCUAUUGCAUCAAGUAUCGAUAUCAAUGUUCCGAUUGAUAGCAUCUGUGGUUCGAAAUCCGCCUGUUGCAGCAAUUUGCGGUCUAUUCUCUUUAUUUGUUUUGUUUUUAUUCGGUGGCUUCGCCAUCCCAAAACCUUCUUUACCCGGUUGGUUGAGGUGGGGAUUCUGGUUCUCUCCAUUGUCAUAUGCUGAAAUAGGUGUUUCAGUGAAUGAGUUUCUCGCUUCAAGGUGGCAAAAGGUUUCAUCUCUUAACGGCACUCUGGGGCAACAAGUCCUCAAACAGCAUGGUCUAGAUUAUAGUGACCACUUUUACUGGAUAUCAGUUGGGGCAUUGAUUGGAUUUUGGAUGGUUUUCAACGUUGGGUUUACCUGUGCUCUGAGUUUUUCAAAAGGUAAGAUGGUUUUACCAUUUGAACCAACAACUCUAACAUUUGAAAACGUGCGGUCCUUCGUGGAAACAACCAAGAAAUUAAGAGAGCAAGGUUUCCCAGAAAGGAGACUACAGCUUCUUCAAGAUGUUACCGGAGCCUUCAGACCUGGAGUCCUAACGGCUUUGAUGGGUGUCAGUGGCGCAGGGAAAACAACAUUAAUGGAUGUUCUUUCAGGAAGAAAAACCGGCGGUUUUAUCGAAGGAGACAUAAAGGUUGGAGGAUAUCCUAAAGUUCAAGCUGUAUAUGCCAGAAUAUCUGGCUACUGUGAGCAAAUCGACAUACAUUCUCCACAGCUUACAAUUGAGGAAUCAGUGGCAUACUCAGCUUGGUUAAGGUUGCCAGCUCACAUUGACAAAAAUACAAGAGCGGAAUUUGUGACUACAGUACUUCAAAUGAUUGAGCUAGAUGACAUAAAAGAUGCCAUAGUUGGUGUUCCUGGUGUGACCGGUAUAUCAUUCGAGCAGGGUAAACGGCUGACUAUAGCAGUGGAGCUUGUUUCUAACCCAUCAAUCAUCUUCAUGGACGAACCUACUUCUGGUCUUGAUGCUAGAGCAGCCGCCAUUGUAAUGCGAGUCGUGAAGAAUAUUGUUAGCACAGGGAGGACAAUUGUGUGUACAAUUCACCAACCAAGCAUUGACAUAUUUGAGGCUUUUGACAAGCUAAUCCUGAUGAAAAGAGGAGGUCAAAUGAUAUACUCUGGAGAGCUUGGAGAGCGUUCAAAUAAGCUUAUUGAAUAUUUUGAGAGUAUCCCUGGAGUGCCAAAAAUCAAGGAUAAUUACAACCCAGCUACGUGGAUGCUGGAAAUCACAAGUCCUUCAAUAGAAUCUCAACUUCGUAUAGACUUUGGCAUCAUUUAUGAGGAAUCUGAUCAGUGCAGGAUGAACAAAGAAUUAGUGAGAGAGCUAAGUUUGCCAGUGGCUGGGACAAAAGAGAUGUGUUUCUCUGCAGGCUUCCGGCAAAAUAGAUGGGAGCAGUUCAAGACAUGUUUAUGGAAACAACAUCUAACCUACUGGAGAAGCCCUAAAUACAACCUGGUGCGCCUGAUUUUCAUUACCGCAUCUUCCUUGUUUUGUGCCGCUCUCCUUUGGCAAAAAGGAAAGGAAAUAAACGACAAGCAAGAUCUUCUCAGCAUACUUGGAUCGAUGUAUGUCUUUGUGCAAUUCAUGGGGGUAGGGAACGGCAAUUCCGUUCUGCCAUUUGUUGCUACUGAACGCAUCGUUGUCUACAGGGAAAGAUUUGCCGGAAUGUACUCAUCGUGGUCCUAUUCAUUUGCUCAGGGGGUUAUUGAAGUUCCAUACAUAUUCUUGCAAACGGUUCUGUUUGUGCUGAUCACAUACCCUGCCAUAGGUUUCUAUGUCUCGUUCUAUAAAGUGUUUUGGUACUUCUACACCAUGUUCUGUACAUUGCUCUAUUUCAACUACUUUGGAAUGAUGCUUGUUUCACUGACACCAACAUACCAAGUGGCUGCAGUGUUCGGGAGUUUUGCCUACACCAUGUUCAAUCUGUUCGCGGGGUUCCUGAUUCCCGGACCCCAAAUUCCGGUCUGGUGGCGUUGGUGUUACUGGAUAUGCCCAGUCACUUGGUCCCUGAGAGGUAUGCUUAGUUCGCUAUACGGAGACAUCCAUAAGGAGAUAACAGUUGAUGGACAACAAACGACGAUCAGCGCCUUCUUGGAAAAUUAUUAUGGUUAUCGCUACGAUCAACUCUACGUCGUAGCCAUCAUGCUUUUGGCCUUUCCGCUAAUUUUCACGUGUAUAUUUGCCUGUGCAAUUGCAAAAUUGAACUUCCAAAGGAGAUGAAAGGAGUGUAGAGAGUGCUUCAUUGAAUACUUCCACUUAGAAUCAUCAGAAUAAAAGGAACUCUAUUUUAAAGUUUUGACCUUGAUUUCAUC